AUGAAGCAUCACAACAUUAAUGACGUCUUGAAAAAUUUUGAUAAAAAAUUAAAUAAAAAUUAUAAAAUACUAAAAGAAGGCGAGAUCCAAAAUAUGCAAAAUGAAUAUGAAGAAAAGUUAAAGGAAAAAAUCGAAAUAAAAAAUAAAUUAAUAAACAAAAAAGAGAAACCAAAACAAACCGGAACAAACCCUGAUGAAGAAGAGAACGAAACAGGUCAUGAUGGCGAACCAAACGAAACAGGCCAUGAUGGCGAACCAAACGAAACAGGCCAUGAUGGCGAACCAAACGAAACAGGAAAUGAUGCCGAACAAAACGAAAUCACCUCUUUUGAGCAACUGAAUAUUUGUGAAGAAGUUUUGCAAAGUAUUAAAGAACUAGGAUGGGAAAAACCAACUCUAAUUCAACAAAAGGUUUUACCAAUUGUAUUUCAAAAAAGAGAUAUUAUAGGAUUAAGUGAAACGGGAAGUGGUAAAACUGCUUGUUUUAUAAUACCUAUAUUACAAGAGUUAAAAAUUAAAAAACAAAGUUUUUUUGCUUUAAUUAUAUCACCAACUAGAGAAUUAUGUAUUCAGAUAGCACAAAAUGCACAAGCAUUAGGUUCAAAUCUAUUAAUAAAUAUAUGUACAAUUUUUGGAGGUGUAGAUAUUGUUACACAAUCUUUAAAUCUAGCUAAAAAACCUAAUAUUAUUAUAGGAACGCCGGGAAGAAUACUUGAUCAUUUAAAUAAUACAAAAGGUUUUAAUUUAAAAAAUUUGAAAUAUUUAAUUUUUGAUGAAGCUGAUAAAUUAUUAUCUCUUGAUUUUGAAUCAUCAAUAAAUAAACUUUUAUUAAUUUUACCAAAAAAUAGAAUCACAUUUUUAUUUUCUGCAACUAUGACUAAAAGUGUAUCCAAAUUAAAAAAAGCAUCUCUUAAAAAUCCAAUUCAAAUUCAAGUAUCAAAUAAAUAUAGCACAGUUAAAACGUUAAUAGAGACUUAUAUUUUUUUACCACUAAAAUAUAAAUACACAUAUUUAUGUAGCUUAUGUUUUUAUUUCACAAAUAAAAAUAUAAUCAUUUUUUCAAAUACUUGUGCAACUGCUCAAAAAUUAAAUUUUUUUUGUAGAAAUUUAGGGCUGAAAUCUAUUUGUUUACAUGGAAAAUUAACACAAAAUCAAAGAUUAAGUAGUUUGAAUCUUUUUAAAACAAAUAAAUAUAAUAUUUUGAUAUCAACACAAGUUGGGGCAAGAGGUUUAGAUUUAAAAAAUAUAAAAAUUGUUAUUAAUUUUGAUUUAUGUUCAUGUAAAGAAUAUAUACAUCGAGUUGGUAGAACUGCUCGAGCUGGUAAAACUGGAAAGUCAAUAACCUUUGUAACUCAAUAUGAUGUUGAAACUUUUUUAACAAUCGAAAAACAAUUAAAUAAAAAAAUUGAUAAAUUUACUGAUAUAGAUGAACAUGAUGUUUUAAUGUAUCAUAACCAAACCCUUGAAGCUUUACGAUUAUCUGAAUUAGAGAUGAAAGAGAAUCAAGACCUCUACAAAAAAAAUAAGUUCAAAAAGAAAAGCGCAAAAAAAUAA